CAAAUAUCCUAAAAACACAACACAGAUUUGAGAGACACAGAGGAAGAGAAUAAUCCAUUAGAACAAGCCAAAAAUCAGAACAAGAAGAUGGGAGUUGGAGGAACAUUAGAGUAUAUAUCUGAGCUAAUAGGAAGUGGUGGAAGUCAUAGCUAUGGCAAGAGAAAGAAGAAGAAGCAAUUUCAGACAGUGGAGCUCAAAGUUAGAAUGGAUUGUGAUGGUUGUGUCCUCAAGGUCAAAAACUCUCUAUCUUCUCUAAAAGGAGUUAAAUCGGUGGAGAUAAACAAGAAGCAGCAAAAGGUGACGGUGAGUGGUUACGCGGAACCAAGCAAGGUGCUGAAAAAGGCCAAAACGACGGGGAAAAAGGCUGAGAUAUGGCCUUACGUUCCGUACAACUUGGUGGCUCAGCCGUACAUAGCUCAGGCGUACGACAAGAAGGCGCCGCCUGGUUACGUUAGAAAAGUCGACCCAUACGUCACCACGGGGACGAUGGCCGUUUACAACGAUGACCCUUCUUACACUUCUAUGUUUAGUGAUGAUAAUCCUAAUGCUUGCUCUAUUAUGUAAUUAUUAAAUCACUAAUAAAUGAGGUUUAUAUCUAUAUAUGUAUAAAUAUUUAGAUUUUGGUGUUUUUUGGGUUCAGGAUUUUGUCCUUUUUGCAUGUGCUUCUUGUUGGUGUUACGAGAAUGUUAAUUAAUUUCAAG